GUUUUGGCCUAUUCCAUCAUCUAUCACCUUCCUCUUUAGGCUAAGCCGGGUUGUUUUAAACAUGAUUAAGAAAUCUACUAUGUAAUACGCAGACACGUGCUGGUUUUUGGGUAUCUCAUUCACUCGUCGUAAUUGGCAUAGGGGUUAUCUUCGGCCUCAAUUACAAACAGCAACUAAUUAUAACCACAACCCAACCAUAUUGAAUUUUCAAAGUUCCUUAAUACCAACACAUCCCACCUUACCCUUAAAUAAUGGCAAAUAAGAUCGAACUGCAGCGGAAAGAUAUUAAGGGGGAUGUACUCGUUGACGAAGCCGUCUUCAACAUUCUCAAUGACUAUCUCCAGCUAGACAGCUCUGUCUCCACUGCGCAGGUAGCCGCCACCAUAUCGAAGCUUCCACCUGAGCCAGAGGACGACAGCAAAACUUUGGAUGAUGGCUUCUUCUUUGAUUUAUGGAGAGGCAUCGUUUCUAUCGCAGAGCAGAUCCCGUAUGAACAUGCCGCCCAGGAUAAACUAGUCAAGCUUAUGAGGGAGCUAACCCUACUAUCCGAUACUGGACUUACCGUGUGGGAAUUACGACUGUGGACCGAUCUUCCAAUUCUCGCAGCCGUCUUUAGGGAAUAUCUUAAUGGGCCUGCUCAAUCAAAGAUCGCAGAGGAACAAGCACGUAUUGAUGAAGCUUGGAUACGGUUCCACGCUUUCUCCGCCAGGCUCAUGGGCGCUGGAGUGAUCCAUUUCGCGACUCAGCCCAUAUGGAUGCUGCGCGAUGCUCUUGAGGAAGAAAACAACCCGCCAAAGAGCAGCGCGCUAGACAGAGGCUUAAUAACUGCCGCGAUGUAUAUCGAGUUCUUUGGCGCAGUAAUGGUCGAAAGGCUGGCCGCGGAUCCGAACCCGAAGCUUUCUAGCGAGAACCGCCGAUUGCUUAAGGGCGGACCACUUUUCCAUGGGGAGCCCGGAUUACGAUGGGACCGUUGGGAGUUCUGGACUCGGAGAUUUAGGGAGGAGGCGGAGAAAACAAGUACCAAAGAAGCGAGGGACAUUGCCCUACGAGCUGCUCGGUUAAUGGAGGUUUGGAGCGAGACAAGGCUGAACGCCCGAUAAGGGGGACGACAGUGAGGAAGCAAAAGUUUAGCCUAGAUGAUGAUGAUGACGAAUUCGUUUAUCUCUAAACAUUUAACUUCACUAUAUAACGAUAUAUGUGACUC